GAACCAAAAGCAAAUACAAAACCGAAAAACGAGAGAAGGCUUCUAAAUAGUAUUGGGGAGAAAAAAGCUCCAUGCAUUUCCGCAGCAUCCGGACAGUUAAGAAGAGCAAAACCAGAAACCGGAUUACAGUCCCUGCAAAAUAGUAAAUAAUCGCCGACAUCAGAGUAGGCAACACUGAAUCCGUGCUCGUGUGCAUCCUUUGGGGCUGGAAUCAAAUUAAUCUCAAAACCCUUUGGCUAGACAUUUAGACUUCUUUUGUAUACAGUUAAUACUACCGACUGGUUGAAGCUUCUGUCAAAUAGCUGUCUUUUGAUACGUGUUUGUAUGAUCCAUUGAUCCGGCAUGGCCUUUUCGGGUCCUCCAAAAACGCAAAAAACACCAAUCCAUUCUAAAGAAUGCACACGUGCGACGGAUGCUUUGAUGAAGUGUUUGAGAGCCGUACGGGUUUUGGGAGGGGCGAUGUUUGACACUCUCGAAACGCUCGAGCCAACUGUGUGUGUGUAGGUGUUAACCGUACGAACCCUGUACUUCGUGCGUGUAAUCCAUGUGUCUCUCUAUCUCUUUCUCUCUCUCUCUCUCUCUCCGUCUGAAGCGUCCUACCCUCUGUUCUGGGUAGGUUUUUCACGACCUCCCAACUGAACGUUGCUUUCAAACGCAUCAAAGGGUGAGGUGAAGCUUAUUUUGAUGUCACUUCCCAAACCCCAAAAAAUAAAAAAAUACAAUAAAAGAAAAAACAACACAUCGCAAACCGGCAAGCGCCUGAAACGCGGCAAAGGAAUGGCAGCUCGCACGUAGUGACAAAGUGUAACACACACCGCAUACACUCGGAAAAGCUUCCACUUCUUUCCGGGUUCAGCGAGCUCGCGCGUUUUGUGUAUGCGUUAACGUUGAAGUGGCCAAGUAAACACUCGUGAGCCACACGGCCACCACCACGACCACUACGUGGACAUAUGAUAGACGAUUGAAGCAGCUGUGUAAGCGUAAAGAUUGCGUUUUUUUUUGGGAGGGGCAGUGCUACAUAAAACACCGAGAAAAUGGAAGCGAAAAAUGAUGAGCAGUCACGAGUGUUCUGCAAGAAUACAAGGAGCCAGGGACAAUGCACAGUCCGGCCGAACGAUCGAUCGAAAAUCAAGCGUUUCCAGCGUGACGAUACGGUUUAAUUGUUGAGGUGAAAAAGUGUUGAUUUAACCCGUUAUGCGCGUUUCGUUCGUAGUUAGGAUAGUAUUUGAAGUAGCGAACACAGGUGAUUAGCAUCCUCCUUGGCGAGGGAAACGAUGUAGAGGUUAAGGUGCAUUGUUUUGUGUAUUUUGUGUUUUUAAAUGAUUAAAAUGAGACAGCGGUCCUCUUGGGCGGGAAUUAUUCGUGAUCUCUCGCAGCUGUUUUGUUGCAAAAGAAGAAUUUACGAACGAGGAAUGUGUAUAGGAAGGUAUGAAAUGGAUAGAGCAUGAUCACCAUGCAGUCAGUUUGCAAACGAAUAGACGAAUUACGGUUAAGAAAGGUUCCAUUGUUUUCGAUGCAUCAUACAAAAAGUAAGCUAGAUAGGCAUUUUGAAAACGUGCAGUAACGCAAAAAUCGACUACGUUUUGGUACUAGGUCGGUAGAAGUUGAGUGUUUGGUUAUCGGUAUUUUGUUGUUUUACGUUCCACUGCAUUUGUAAUCGAGGACGACGAAGCGAACGUAAAGGUAUCGAACAUGAUAACAUUGCUUAGUGCUGUUGGCACUUGCUGUGGAACCCCGCAGGGUACCCCCAACCACCAGCAAAACGUAGUAGAGAGCGGUAGUGUGUAGUAGUUACCCGUGAAACUACAACAACAAUAAUUAAACUGAUGUCAUAAUGAUGUGGUGAUAUUGGAAAAGGAAGUGAAAGCUAAUCCUCUCCUACCGCCAUUUCUGAGUGUGCGUGUGUGAUUGUACUAAUAUUCAUUCAACUAAUUCGACCGUUAUACGAUCCGAACUUAUUCAUGAAAUUUAAAGAAAAUAAAAACCAAAAACCCUUCAAGUGUUGUGAACAGCAGAUACAUAGAUACAUAUACAUACUGAACUCAUAGAAAUGCAAUACUUUAGUGAUUAAAAGAGCUGGAAGGAGCGGUUACUUAAAUGGUAAAAGCAAGAGAAAGGAUAAACUCAUUUAUACAAUUCAUUAGAGUCGUACACUUUUCUAGAUUUGGAUAAAUUCAGGAAUCAUAAUCGAUGUUGUGUCUGUAAGUGUGUGUGUGUGUUUGUGAAAACUAGUAUAGAGAGAGUAUGAAAAGUGUAAAGCAUGAAACUAUUUAAAUAGUGAAGGUUAAAGAACAGGUAAAACAAACAGGAAACAAAUCGUUUAAAACCAUCGAUAUAAAAUCGAAAUUGUGAUUAUUUUCAAAGUGCAUAGGUUGGCUCUUCUGUUAACAGCGGAACCAAAACAUACCUUACCUAUACUUGUCCGCCUGUGCUAGACAACACAGAGUUCGAGAUCUCUUACGAUCACACCAUGGAACAGUUCAGGGUAGAAUAGGAUCCAAACAAUAAAGCGCAUUGUCGAUCAAGCACUACGAAUCGUGGCGAAUGUUUGGGGCAAAAUCAUUUCAUUCCUAUCGUCACUCACACUCACACACUUGGAAACACUCGCGUAUAAUCAUGCUUACUCUCAACAGCUAUAGUUUAUGACUGUUACGGAUGAUAAAGAUGAAACUGUAUAUCUAUCUAUAUUUCCUUAGCAACCUUAUGCAGGGGGCAGUGCAAAGAAUCGAAAACCAAUUGAACACAUUGAAAUCAAUCCAAAAACUACCAUGCAACAUGCUACAAAACGAGAAACAAUAAUUACUAUUACUAGAGAUGCAUUUAGUGCGAACGAUAUGCGCCCAUUUGUUACGCUGCGUUCGUUUGUUCCCUGUCCCCAGACAAAAAGCCGCCACAGCUAUCACAUCCCGUGGAACUAAAUGUGCAAAGCAACAAACAGGCGUAGAAUGGAAAAUGUAUUGAGCUUUUUUUGUGACUGUAGUAGAGCUAGCCGAGUCGAUUGUAUCGGAAUGUAUCGGAAUGUAUCGGUUACAGGAAGGACCGAAUUAUAGCAAUUACCCACCAACUAAUGCGUAAGAUAGCCGUCGUACUAAGAGUCGAAACAAGGGGAGCUAGUGUGUGAGGAACUUUUAUAAAGUUUCGCGUAACUGUUGUUUUGGCGGAUUGUACACAUUGCGGAUGGUUUGUCGAGUUGAGUUUGCCAUACAUAUAUAAAUCGUCAUAUCGUCAUACAGAACAUAGAAAGCAAUUUGUCUCCGUUCGUGAAUUGAAAUUUUUAAAAGCAAUAUAGCGACGAAUGCUUUCGUCAAAGAAAGGUUUUCGUUUUUGUUGGGAAUACAGAUUAAAGAGAAUUAAAAUUCCGUAUUGCUUCUUUUAGCGGUGGCCCACCGUAUCCACAGCCCCCAAAAACAGUGACCAAUUAUUAAGCUCAACGAACAAUAUUUGAAAGAUUUGUAACGAAGCGAUGCCACACGAAAACAAUCAUUAAAGAGAGGAAACGAAACAUUGCUGCGAUGUGAAAGUAAAUAAUGAAAUAUUAAUACGAAGAAGAAAAGAAAAGAAAAAAACAGAUGCAAUAAGCAAAAGAUGUCCCUUGAAAUGACAGUAUUUAUUGUAGAAUAGAAAUAACUAAAUGCAAAGCAGCUAGUAGCAGUUGCAUUAGCGGAAAACAGAGAAAAUCAAAUCCAAAAAACAGAUACAAACAGUUACUCAAUCUUCUUCACACUUUUUCAGUACACACCAGACAUUGGCAUGUUCUUAAACAGUUGUAUCUAGACAUAGAUAGUUGCUAGCAUGGGAGAUAGGAAACCAAAAAUCCAAUUCACUAGAACGUUCGAUUGGUUCGAUUAGAAGAAGGCAAUUGUGCGAUCGUUUGGCAGCAAGUAUGCCAGGUCCACUUGGGAUCAUGGAUCAGUACAGAUUUUGGAAGGAAGCAAACGGAAGGAAGUGUUUAACACACACCGUUAUGCGUAAUUGUGCUGGUUGGAAAGCCAUUAACUACUCUGGUUGUUUCAUCUUAAGAUACUAGUGAUAGAACCCCCCUUUUUGCUAGACGUCGUGCUCUUCACUACUCAUUAGUGUGAAUCAUAAGUUUAUCGGUUCCUCCUUAAAUCUUACUCUAAACUCUUAUCAUGAGCAAGUCAGUAGAAUCGAAAUCGGAAUUCAUAUUUAGGCGUAUUUUUGUAUCCCAGAUCUGCCACGAUUUUUUAUAGUUCUGUAAUAGAGAUAGAAUGAAGAAAGGCAUACUAGCAAGCAAACUAUUCCUCGAAACUUACAAAGGAUUGAUAAAUGAAAAAAUAAAUAAAAAGAGGAUGAAUAAGUGGAAAGAUGAAGCAAACAUUAAUUAGAAAAUGGAAAACAUAUUUCCGCAGAAAAAAAAAACACAGAAGCUAACGCAAAACAUAUUUAACCGUGCAUUGUGAAACCCCCCCGUUGUGAAUCAUACAAUAGUGCUCGUAGUGGAAGUCGGCAAGACAGCAGGCAGUACAAGUAAAUGGAACGUGGUAAAUGUAGCAUACGAACAGAAGUGUGAAAUAGAAACGCGUGUGUAAUUGGAUGUGUAUGUUUAAUGGCAACUCGAUGCAUCAGAACAGGAAUCCGUUAAACGAAGUAAAGAGAGAGAGAGAUAGAGAGAGAGAGAGAGAGAGAGAGAGAGAGAGAGAGAGAGAGAGAGAGAGAGAGAA